AUGUGGUUAUCAGAUGGUGCAGUGAGCCGCAAGCUUCGAUACACUAAAGCAAUCGCUCCAGAAUCGAAGCGUCUGUCCUCUCUUUUCACAUUAUCAAACGGUUCCGCAGCUAUUGGAGAUCCAAAACUAAGAGGUCAAAAAUACACAAAACUUGAAGGAAGAUAUUACAUCAAGUGCGAUGACGAUGGAGUCGAGAAGAUACCACCAAAUGAGGAGGAAGAUAUCAAUGCAGUAGCAGAGACCAUCAAUGCAUACAAAAAGCUACAUGGAACCGCACCCGACAUGGGUAUAGCGGUACACAUGUACGAACUCAAGGUAUCGUUAAAGGGACGCUUGCGACUGAGAAGAACCUCUCACCUCAUCCGAAGCAAAGCAUGUUUGCCGGCGAGCGUGAAUGGCCAGUCCUCUGUCGCUAUUCCUCUGAGCCAGGCGAUCCAGGGCCUGACGUCGGAUUUUAUCAUGGAGUCUUUGCCUUGGCCACGAACAACUAUCAGGAUCGCAUUCCUCAGCCCCGAGGCUUCGCCAUUAAGGUUUUUGACGUCCAUGGUGAAUCCCUUCUGGCCGGUGAAGGUGUCCCGAUACAAGAUAUCGAAUCUAAGCCCACCCCGGCGCUCGACCUUGCAGAUGCAAAAAACAAUAAAAGAAAUUAUUGAUCUUAGGAUCAGACAUGGUGGGAGUCAACCAGGGCUUUACAAACAUCUCGAGCAACGACCGUACACAAACCUGCAGGAAUUCAGGGACACGGUCCGCAACACACAUCUAGAGUCGACGAGGCAAUACUUACAAACAGUAUGUCGCUUUGGCGAUUAUGUUGUGAAUAUUGCCUGGGUACCCAACUCCGACACCCAGCGCAAGCAGUACGAGGAGACUGUGAAGCCCGAGCAUGGAAUUGAUAUCCUGCAUAAAUGGCUGCAGAACUUCCAUAGAGGACAUGAUGCAGAGUACCUCCUCCAAUUCCAGCUUUUUGAAAACCUUGACGACAGCCUGUUGAUUAUGCUGGGAAAGUCUGGGAUCCAUAAAAUUAUCCUUGGUAAACAGUUGCUAGGCUCAGCAUACCAAGCAAGACUCUUUCAAUUAUGCUUUGAAGAACUUCUGGGUAGAUCGACCACGAGUUGA